AUGCAAGUAAAGGGAUUAGCAGAUUUGAGAGACAGGUCAGCUUCGCAGAGCUUGGGUGGCCGAGGUGGUGUGGGGGUGGCCGAGGUGGUGUGGAUCUACUUUACCUUUGGCAAUGGACUUCAUUUAGAGAUCUUGAAUAAGGAAAAUGAAAACCAGCCGCUUCCUAAACAGACUCACUUGAUACGGCAAAAGCGUGCCUGGAUCACAGCUGUUGUGAACCUUCGAGAGGGAGAGGACCUGUCCAAAAAGAACCCAAUCGCCAAGAUACACUCUGAUUUAGAAGAAAGCGGAGUGAAAGUUACAUACAAAUACACUGGAGAUGGGAUUACAGAACCACCAUAUGGUACAUUCAUCUUUAAUAAGGACACUGGAGAUCUGAGUGUCACCAGGAUUCUCGACAGAGAGGAAACACCAUAUUUUCGGAUACUUGGUUAUGCUUUGGAUGAAAAAGGAAACAAUGUGGAGAAACGACCAGUGGAACUUCGCAUUAAAGUCCUUGACAUCAAUGAUAAUGAGCCCGUAUUCACACAGAACUUAUUUGUGGGGUCUGUCGAAGAGCUGAGUGCUGCACAUACGCUUGUGACGAAAGUCAAUGCCACUGAUGCAGACGAGCCAAAUACUGUGAACUCUGAACUUUCCUUUAGAAUCCUAUCUCAACAGCCUGUUCCAGCAUUCUACAUAGAUCAAUAUACGGGAGAAAUUUAUACAAUCAGUAGUAACUUGGACAGAGAGGAGCACAGCAGCUAUUCUUUGAUAGUGGAUGUGAGAAAUAAAAAUGUACAAAUCACAGACAGACCUGCAAAACAAGCUCAAAUUCAGAUUCAUAUAUCGGAUGUCAAUGACAAUGUACCUGUCGUGGAAAAUAAAGUGUAUAAAGGGUCUGUUGAAGAAAAUCAAGCUAACGUAGAAGUUAUUCGCAUAAAAGUUUCUGAUGCAGAUGAAGUGGGUUCUGAUAAUUGGUUGGCAAAUUUUACAUUUGUAUCAGGAAAUGAAGAAGGUUAUUUUCACAUAGAAACUGAUACUCAGACAAAUGAAGGGAUUGUGACCCUUAUUAAGGACGUAGAUUAUGAACAAAUUAAGCAUAUCAACUGCACCGUUAUUGUCACAAAUAAAGCAGCUUUUCACAAGUCAGUUCAAUUUAAGCCCGUACACAUUCCCUUCAUAGUAGACAUACAAAACGUGAAAGAAGGCAUUCAUUUUAAAAGCAGCAAAAUUUCAUUUCAAGUUAGCGAGAGCAUGAAUCAAUCAAGCAUCAGCCGAGUCAUUGGAAAAUUCCAAGCUUUUGAUGAAGACACUGGAAAACUAGCCCAUGCAAAAUAUUCCAAAUUGGAAGACAUAGACAACUGGAUUACUAUCGAUUCUGUCACAUCUGAAAUUAGACUUGCAAAAAUUCCUGAUUUUGAAUCCAGAUAUGUCAAAAAUGGUACAUACACAGUAAAGAUUGUGGCUGUAUCAGAAGAUGAUUCUAGAAAAUCAGUCACUGGCACCAUUCUUCUCAACGUUGUAGACAUCAAUGACAAUUGUCCUACACUGGUAAACCCUGUGCAGAACAUCUGUAAUGAUGAGCAGUAUGUGAAUGCAACGGCAGAGGACCUGGACGGACCCGAAAACAGCGGGCCUUUCAAUUUCCUUAUUGUUGACAAACCACCUGGGAUGGCAGAAAAAUGGAAAAUAGUACGCCAAGAAGGUACCAGUGUGCUACUUCAGCAACAUGAGCAAAAGCCUGGGAGGAGUGAAAUUCAGUUCCUGAUCUCCGACAUCAAGGGCAACACUUGUCCUGAGAAGCAGAUCCUUCAGCUCACGGUGUGUGAGUGUCUGCAUGGCAGUGGCUGUGUGGAAGCGCUCCAUUCCUCCUAUAUUGGCCUGGGACCCGCAGCCAUUGCCAUCAUAAUUUUGGCGAUUCUACUCUUGCUUCUUGUGCCACUUUUACUGCUGAUGGCCACUUGUGGAGAAGACGCCAAAGGCUUCACCCCCAUUCCUGGCACUGUUGAGAUGCUGCAUCCUUGGAAUAAUGAGGGCGCACCUCCAGAAGACAAGGUUAUGCCAUCACUGCUGACAACAGAUCGAAGGGAGAGCGUGGCCGUCGGCCAUGCAGUAGGGGGGAGCAUUGCAAACAGGGUUAUGGUUGGCAAAGGAAGUAGCUCCACGUCCUUUGUCAAAAGGCAACACGAAGAGACUGAGGUGGACGGAAGAUAUGAAGAACACCAAAGCUUGCUCACUGGCGGGGCUACCCGACCUGCAGGGACUAUAGGAGCUGCCGUAAGCGCUGAAAGGAACAGAAGAGUCCAGGCUGCCUCCACAGACAUGGCGGGAGCUCGAGCAGCUGCAGUGGCCGCGAAUGAGGAAUUUUUAAAGAAUUAUUUCUUUGAGAAAGCAGCCUCAUACACGGAGGAGAAUGACUUCCACACAGCCAGAGACUGCCUCCUGGUGUACUCGCAGGACGACACGCAGUCCCUGCAUGGCUCCAUUGGCUGCUGCAGUUUCAUCGACGGCGAGCUCGACGACAUCUUCUUAGAUGAUUUAGGGCUUAAAUUCAAGAAACUUGCCGAAGUGUGUUUGGGUCGAAAAAUAGAUAUAGAUCUGGAGACUGAGCAAAAAGCUGUGCAAAACACGGAACAGAAGGGAGCUUCAGUCAAUGAGCAAAGCCAGGGCCUCUCAGAGAACAUCUAUGGCGCGGGUGCCGCCUUGUCAGUUUCAAAAUCUUUGCAUGAAGCAAACACAGGGAUAGUGAGUCAGGAAAUAGUCACUGAAAGGUCUUCCAGUCAGAGUCAAAAGGUAACAACGACAUCUCUUCCUGAGCCCGCGGCCCCUCGAAACAUUAUAGUGACAGAAACUUCCUACACCACAGAUUCUGCUCUGCGCCCCAGCACCGUGAUCCUGCGCCCCAGCCAGCCCCAGGGCCUUGUGGUGACCGAGCGGGUGUACGCUCCAGCCACCACCCUGGUAGAUCAGCGUUACCGUAAUGACGGGAAUGUCGUAGUUACAGAGAGAGUCGUGCAGCCCAAUGGGGGCCUCGUGGGCUUGCAGGAAGGCGCCACACACCUGUCAGAUGCAAAUUAUGUGAUGGUGAGGGAAAAGGAGAGCUUCCUGGCCUCCCAAGCUAGUAUGCUGCACACUCUGGCCCGACCCAGUGUCGCAAUAGGGCCCAACGUGACAGUGACGGAAAGGGUGCUGACCCCCGCGUCCUCUGUGCAGUCCAGUUACCAGGUCCCUGCUGAAAGCUCAGUGACGGUCCGGAAGACCUCGGUGUCCAGGAUAGGUCCUGCCCCUCAGCCAAACUCGGCUUCAUAGGAACUGUCCUCACGCUCCCACUGAACCGCAGCUCCCUCCAGGGCUUCUGAGCAGAGUCGCAUCCACAUUCUUACUCCCGCACGGCAGCCACCAAACUAGGAGCCUGUUUCACGGGCACGGGUCAGUUCUUCUUUUCAGAGUCCAGUCAUUUCAUGAGCCUGACACACCCGGUGGGCUACAACUUUCUCUCAGUGGCUUGUAUGCAAAGGACCUUACUGCCUCCGCUUCCAAAAUUGCCCAGCAGAACACUAUCGAGUCACUGAGGGGAUAUUAAUGAGGCCACCCUCUAAGUGCCUUUUAGCAAGGUUGGGAUAGUAAUAUUCGCAAGGCACGUUCACGAGAUGAUCGACCUGGUUUUUAUGCAUUUUCCAAACCGUAGGAGUAUGGAGUGCAUCGGUCACCUUCAGAGCUGAUAGAACCUGUUGGUGUGCCACUCUGACUUCUGACAUCACUCUCCUGAAUUCCACCCUUUGCAGCAGCUUAUCCUAACAACUCAUCUAUCCAAAAAUACAUAGUCUGGGCUACCGGUUUUUGUCUUUUUUGAAAACCAGAGGCUUUUUAAAUCAAUGAAGUUGAUUGGCUUUUACAGUACUUACAUGGAGGAAUUUAUCUGCCUGAUUCUCUAACUGUACACAGGCAUGUGUGAGUUCUAUGAUUCUUUAAAUAUUGAGAGAGACAAGGUGACUCAGUAGUCCUGAAAAUACACAAGACUUCAAAUUCAGGGUAGUAAUACAGGGCAAAAUUUAUAAAUAUAAAAUCUUUAUUUUUCCUUUGCUUACUUGGGGGGGAGGGGGAGGGCACACCCACAGUGCUCAGAGUCUACUCCCAACUGUGCGCAGAAGUCACUUCUGGCAGAGCUGGGUAUUAAACUAAGAAAGUGCCUUAACACAUGUGCUGUUUCCAGCCCCAAAUUCACCACUUUUUAAUAUAAACAACGUGGCUUUUUUUUUUAACUCUCAAGAUACAUUAGCUUCUAAUUUAAUACAGCCAAACUAACCACUUUGUAGCAUGGUUAAGAGAACACACACUGAAGUAAGAAUUGUGCCUGUUUCACUGUUUUAUAUUCUCAAGUGACUCAUAGAAAUACUAAAUAAAUAUUUGUGAAAUUAAACUGAAUUUUAGAAGCCAUUCUCUUAUCUACAAUUGUAGGAGCCAUGAAAAGCCAUGAUAAUAUCUAUAGCUGUGAAUUUGAAAUUAUGGCAUUAUUCUCUGUUUCAGAGUCAUUGGUUGGUCAUGACUUACUGCAUGAAUAUUAAAUAUUACUUAGUUGGACUGAAUUUAUUCAGUAUCAUUGCCUUUUCUUCAUAAAAGUUAUCUGAGUGUUUUGACUGGUAAUUAAUAAAUUCUCCCCUGAAAAAUAACUCACUUAGCAUUUCAAAAUACAUGUAAAUAUAUAAGUAAUAAUUUGUAUAUUCUUCACAACUAAAUUUUCAUAAAUUUUAAAGGUUGUAAUUUAAUGAUUUAUAAAGAUAUUUUUCUAGGGAAAACGAUUUUCAGAAUUUUAUUUUUGUAGCAUGGUUUUAGAGAUAGCAUUGACUUGCAUUGUGUUAACACUUUUUGUUCCCACUGACUGUUUUGGGUAAAAGGUAGAUAUUUUCAGACAUCGAAAGUCUGGCCAGCAUGAAGGACACUCUUCCAUGAUCUAAAUUUUUUACUCUGUACUAAGUAAUUAUUGUUGCUUUUCUUAUUUUAUUAUAGACUUAACAGUUAAUAUUUUACCAGAUGUUUAACAGAAGUAUCUCUGCUGUGUGAAAAUGUAAAUAUGAACUUUGUUCUCUGAACCAACAAAACUCGGUCUUAAACUUCUGCCUUGGACAGGCUUGAAAAUCCUGACCUGUCUCUUGUAUAGAGCAUAAUCAAAUUUUAUGAAAGGUUUUCCUUGAGCUUGAAAAGGUGAUUUGUUUUAGUUUUUACAUUUGUCCCAUGGGAAAUUAUAUUUGUGUAUCAUCAUAAAAUAUUUAA